GACAAGAGGGAGGCUAAGGCGGAGAAGGCGCUGAAGCGGCGGCGGGGCAAGGCCGGUGGCCCCAUUCGGGUUGUCCUUGGCCGAGCAAGCUCUCGGCCCUUCCUCUUCGAUGCCCUCGUCAGGAACCUGUCCGACGUCGCCGGGAGGAGGGGGCAGUUUUGCGCCGGCCGGAGGCUGCGCUCGAUCAAGAGGAGAAAAGGGUAGAAAGGCGGAGAGUCCGCUGGGAUCCGAGAGCCAUCCUUGAGCGCCAAAGCGCAGGCUGGGUCGCUCUUUUGGUCAGGGCAAGCAGCCGGAUCUGAGAAAGAGACGGGAAGAAUAGGCUGAGAAGAAGGGGGGGUGGUGGUGGAGGCGACCGGAGGGCAGGCUUGUUUGCUGACGAUCGGAAGUUACUGACAAUCAAGCAGGACCUUUGCCGCUCCAGAGAUCGAGCACGAGAGAGAGAGAGAGAGAGGGAGUGAGACACACGCACACCCGCGCGCACGCACACACACACAUCCAUCCCCAGACCAGGAGGAGGAGGAGAGAGUGGUGGUGUGGGGGGGUGGGGGAGAAGAGGAGAGCUGAUGUCUAAGGGAGUCACUCGGUGGAGGCAAAGCAGGCAGGCUUUCAACUUCUCCUCACUGCUGCUGAGCGCCAAGCGAGAUCGCUGGAAAGCGGCGGAGCUUCCCGGAGCAGGACCCUUCCUAUGGCCAGCCUGCGGCGGGGGAUUUGACGCCGUUCCCUUGAAGCCACUUGACCAACCCCCGCCGCCACCUCACUCAGCGAUGUCUUAUUCCCCGCUCUCCGCCUGCACUUGCCUAUGGUUACAUUACCUGCUGCUCUGCAUCCAAGUCCAGAUGUUUGUUGCUGAAGAAAAUGUGGAUUUUCGGAUACAUGUGGAAAAUCAGACACGAGCAAGAGACGAUGUCAGCAGGAAGCAGCUCAGGCUUUAUCAGCUCUACAGCCGAACCAGUGGGAAGCAUAUCCAGGUGCUGGGAAGGCGGAUCAGUGCCAAAGGAGAAGAUGGAGACAAAUAUGCCCAGCUUCUAGUGGAAACAGACACAUUUGGCAGUCAAGUCCGGAUCAAAGGGAGAGAGACAGACUUUUACCUUUGCAUGAACAGGAAAGGCAAGCUAGUAGGGAAGCCAGAUGGCACCAGCAAAGAAUGUGUCUUCAUUGAAAAAGUCUUGGAGAACAACUACACGGCUCUGAUGUCAGCAAAGUACUCAGGCUGGUAUGUUGGAUUCACCAAAAAAGGGAGGCCCCGGAAAGGGCCCAAGACCCGGGAGAACCAGCAAGAUGUCCACUUUAUGAAACGAUACCCAAAGGGACAAGUGGAGUUACAGAAACCUUUCAAAUAUACCACAGUGACGAAGAGGACUAGGAGAAUACGACCAACCAACCCCAGUUAAAAGACCAAGGCAGUGUCUUGCAAAUAAACUACAAGAAUAGACUGUA